AUGGCGUUCCUGUGGGCACUCGUCUGCUUGGCUCUUGCCAGCACCGUCUCAGGCUGCGGGGUGCCCGCCAUCACCCCCCUGGUGCAAUACAAUGAGAAGAUCAUCAACGGGCACAACGCGGUGCCCGGCUCCUGGCCCUGGCAGGUGUCCCUGCAGACUCGCUCAGGAAGCCACUUCUGCGGCGGCUCCUUGAUCAGCGACGAAUGGGUCGUCACGGCUGCCCACUGCCAAUUCAACCCAUACUCCCACGUCGUCGUCCUCGGGGAAUACGACCUCACCUCCAACUCGGAGUCCGUCCAAGUGAAGACCGUGUCCAGGGCCGUCACCCACCCCAACUGGAACUCCAACACCUUUAACAAUGACAUCACCCUGCUGAAGCUCUCCUCGCCCGCCAAGAUGGGACCCCGCGUCUCCCCCGUCUGCCUGGCACCAGCCAACCUGGUUCUGCCCACCAACCUCCCGCUGGUCACCACCGGCUGGGGACGCAUCAACACCGCCUCCCAAGCCCUGGCCUCACGCCUGCAGCAGGUAGUCCUGCCUCUGAUCUCCCCGAGCCAGUGCACGCAGUACUGGGGCAACCGGAUCACCAGCUCCAUGCUCUGUGCUGGCGGCGUCGGUGCCUCCUCCUGCCAGGGUGACUCUGGUGGCCCUCUGGUCUACCAGAACGGGAACAUCUGGACCUUGGCCGGCAUCGUCUCCUGGGGAAACAGCAACUGCAGCGUCCGCACGCCCGCCAUCUACACCCGCGUCAGCCAGUUCCGCAACUGGAUCGAGUACGUGGUUUCUCAGGGUUAGAGGGACCCCUUCGCUGGGUGCUGCUCCCGGCGCGGUGGCGUUGGCGGGGGCUGAGCUGGACGCAAGGCACUCCCAACUUGGAAAUAAAGUG